GAAACUUCUAGGAAGUGUUAAAAUAUGGCGACGUUGAGUGUAUAGUUUUUAUUUAUUUUUUUUGCAAGGUUAUUUGAUAAUUAUUUAGAUAUGUCCGAACCAAUUAACAUAAAUAAUAACAUACAUGUAAUAGAUACCAGUCCAUUAUCGACAAUAUCAGAAAACGAAAGUGAUUUUUUACCAGCUAAUUUAGCUUCAGAAGAAUUGAAAUUAGCUCUAAAUAAGGAAGCCACGGAAGAAGAAUUGAUUAAAGCAAUAAGUCGAUGUAAGAGUUUGAUUCUGGAAUGUGAUCAAUGUUCGGAAGAACGAAAGUGGAUUGUUAGACAUUUAAUUGAAUUGAGAUUACGUUUACAAGAAUGUAGAGACGCCAUGGAGGAUCCUCUGCAUCCAAGAAAUUAUUCUAGUGGAGUAUCUAAGAGAUUUAUAAAAGGACACCAUUUCAACUUACAACCACUAUUACGUCAUACAUCUACCUACUGUGACCAUUGUACUGGAAAAAUCUGGAGUGUAGUGCAAGCAUGGUAUCAAUGUGAAGAUUGUGAUUAUUCAUGUCAUCAUAAAUGCUUGGCUUCAGUUAUCAGAGAAUGCGCCCAUGUUAUUGCCAGUGAAAAGGGACGUUAUGAAUAUGAAAUAUGUCCCGAAUUGGGUCUAUCUGCUCAAAAAUAUUUAUGUGCUGAAUGUAAAUCUCCAUUACCAGUUACUGCUCCUUGUGGACUCAGUUAUCUGGCUAGAUUAUUAUUUCCAGAUAGAGAUUGGUCGGAAGCGAGAAGAUGCGAUUACAGUGGUCUGUACUAUUGUACCGCUUGUCAUUGGGGUAGUUUGGCAAUUAUCCCAGCUAGAGUUAUACAUAACUGGGACUUAGAUCCUCAACCUGUCUCCCAAGCGGCGUUACAAUUAUUAAAAAUAACAGCCAGAAGACCGAUAAUCAAUAUAAAUCAACUUAAUCCGUCUUUGUUUGUACACGUUUUGAAAUUGAAUUUGGUUAGAAGAUUAAGAAAUGAUUUAUUCGCAAUGAAAAAGUAUUUAAUGGCUUGUAGGAAAGCGAACGAGGAAAAAACUUUAUGGAAACAUCUCGAUACGCCAUAUAUGUUGGAUAAUUUGGAUAUGUACAGUUUGCAAGAUUUAGUAGAUACGCAUUCUGGCGAGUUGCCAUUCAAAUUGCAAACUUUGGUAGAUAUUUUUGUGAAACAUAUAAAAAUCGAUUGCGAAAUAUGUAAAGGAAGAGGUCACAUAUGUGAGAUAUGUUCCAACGAUGAAGUUUUAUUUCCAUUCGAUAACAGUUGCCAAAGUUGCAGUAAAUGUUUUUCGGUAUUUCACAAGCAUUGUUUCAAGAGAAAACCGCAUUGUUUAAAAUGCGCAAGGCUAAAGAAAAGAGAAGAAGAACAAUCGAACGUUAUUUAAAUAAAGAUAUUUUUUUAUUG